GCCCCCACGGAGCUCAUUUCAGGAAGAAGCGUUCAGUUCGCUGCUGGCUCAAUGCCUUCGAUGCUACAACGCAGCUAAAAAAACCACAGAAAUUCGUAGCGUUUUGCCUGAAAAUCGCGUUUUCUAUGUAGUCUACGGCCUCCCGGACCAUCCAGCUGUCUGACCCGGUUUGAGACCUCACAUCAUGGACUGGACAGUGAGCAGUCGGACCCUGGUUUGGUGCAUUUUAGCGGUGCUUUGCUACGCUGCUCUCCCACAAAAGGGGUUUUGCAGCGCCAGCACGGUUUCACUGCCUGAAAACCUGCUCUUUGUGUCCACCUUGGAUGGAAACCUGCACGCCGUUAGCAAGAAAUCCGGCUCCAUCAAAUGGACGUUGAAAGAAGAUCCCGUUCUGCAGGUUCCCACACAUGUAGCAGAGCCGGCCUUCCUGCCCGACCCCAACGACGGCAGCCUGUACGCUCUGGGAGGAAAGAACAACGAAGGCCUCACAAAAUUACCCUUCACAAUUCCUGAGUUGGUCCAAGCUUCUCCCUGUCGCAGUUCUGAUGGAAUCCUUUACACAGGUAAGAAGCAGGACUUGUGGUACGUGGUGGACCUGUUGACCGGUGAGAAGCAGCAGACUCUGACCUCGUCUUUUGCUGAGAUGCUUUGUCCCUCCUCCUCUCUUCUCUAUCUGGGACGCACAGAAUACACCAUCACCAUGUACGACACCAAGAACAGAGAGCUGCGCUGGAAUGCCACCUAUUCAGACUACGCCUCCACCCUUCCUGAUGAUGACACCAAAUACAAAAUGGCUCAUUUCGUGUCCAACGGCGACGGCCUGGUGGUGACGGUGGACAGCGAGUCCGGGGACGUCCAGUGGGUCCAGAACUACAACUCUCCGGUGGUGGCCAUGUACAUCUGGCAGCGCGAGGGCCUCCGCAAGGUUCCUCACACUAAUGUGGCCGUGGAAACCCUGCGUUACCUCACUUUCAUGUCUGGAGAGGUUGGCCGCAUCACUCAGUGGAAAUACCCAUUUCCUAAGGAGAAGAAGCCCAAGAAUAAAUUCAUGGCCACCUUGUAUGUGGGUAAAUACUCCACCAGUCUAUAUGCGUCUCCCUCUCUGGUGCACGACGGAGUUACUGUGGUGCCUCGUGGCAGCACCUUCCCCAUGCUGGAGGGUCCUGACAGCCAAGAGACAGAAGAAGACAAAGAGUGUGUCAUCACACCCAGCACCAGCGUGAAGUUCAACGCUGCCCUACAUGAGCGAAACCGGAUCAACUUUAUGAGGAACUACCUGCUUCUCAUAGGUCAUCAUGAGACGCCUCCUGAAGCUCACACCAAAAUUCUGGAAAAGUUCCCUGACAGCUUCCCUCGUAAUCCAGGCAAUGUCAUCCCACCUACUACUGACAAGAAAGUGGAGGAGAAGCUCAAUGACAGCGGUAUGGAUGACGGCCCACCUUCAGCUCUGCCUGACACAUCCAUCCAGGAACCUGGAACCGGCGGUCGAACUGUCCGUCCAGAGGCCCCCGUGGACUCGAUGCUGAAAGACAUGGCGACUUUCAUCUUGUCCACGUUCCUGCUGGCCGGCUGGGUGGCCUUUGUGAUUACUUACCCCAAAAGUGUGCAUAGGCAGCAGCAGCUGCAGCACCAGGAGUUCCAGAGACAGAUGGAGGAGCGGUUGGAGCUGCUCCAGAGGCAGCAGCCCUUCCCCCCAGCAGACGUGGGCCUGGGCCUGGCUCCAGACAGCGACUACCUGGAGGUGGCCCACAUUCGAUCUGAGUGCUCGGACCACAGCAGCCCUAAUGUCACCCCUCGAGCCUCCAACCACUCCAACUUGUCUGUAUCUGAGCUGGGGAGCUCAGCCAAUGAGCACGAAGAUGGAGAGGACGACUCAAAUAUUGUCAGAGUGGGAAACAUAACUUUCCAUCCCAAAGAGGUCUUGGGCCAUGGUGCUGAGGGAACUAUUGUGUACAAGGGUCAGUUUGACAACCGUCCAGUGGCGGUGAAGAGAAUCCUACCAGAGUGCUUCAGCUUCGCAGACAGAGAAGUUCAGCUGCUGAGGGAAUCUGAUGAACACCCGAACGUCAUCCGCUACUUCUGCACUGAGAGGGACCGUCAGUUCCAGUACAUCGCCAUCGAACUGUGCGCAGCUUCACUUCAGGAGUAUGUGGAGAGAAAAGAUUUCAAUCGUCAUGGACUCGAGCCUGUUAUGCUUCUUCAGCAAACCACGUCAGGACUUGCCCAUCUGCACUCUCUCAACAUUGUCCACAGAGACCUGAAACCCCACAACAUCCUGGUGUCCAUGCCCAACGCACACGGUCGGGUCCGGGCCAUGAUUUCAGACUUCGGCUUGUGUAAGAAGCUGGCAGUGGGUCGCCACAGUUUCAGUAGAAGAUCUGGGGUGCCGGGAACCGAAGGCUGGAUCGCACCGGAAGUUCUCAGUGAGGACUGCAAAGACAACCCGACCUGUGCAGUCGAUAUCUUCUCUGCCGGUUGCGUUUUCUACUAUGUGGUGUCCCAGGGAAGCCACCCUUUUGGCAAAUCUCUGCAGAGGCAAGCGAGCAUCUUACUGGGCACGUCCAGCCUUGACUACCUGCAGAGUGACAGACACGGGGACAUUGUAGCCAGAGACCUCAUAGAGCAGAUGUUGAGCAUGGAUCCCCACAGGAGGCCUUCAGCUGAAAGUGUCCUCAAACACCCUUUCUUCUGGAGCCAGGAGAAGGAGCUGCAGUUCUUUCAGGAUGUGAGUGACAGAAUAGAAAAGGAGCCGCUGGACGGACCAAUCGUGAGGCAGCUGGAGAGGGGAGGGAGGGCUGUUGUCAAGGGUGACUGGAGAGAGCACAUCACGGUGCCACUGCAGACAGAUUUACGGAAAUUUCGCUCCUAUAAGGGCGGGUCAGUCAGAGACCUGAUGCGUGCAAUGAGGAACAAGAAACAUCAUUAUCGAGAGCUGCCUGCCGAGGUGCAGGACACUCUGGGAUCCAUCCCUGACGACUUCAUCUCCUACUUCACUUCCCGUUUUCCCCACCUGCUGAUGCACACCUACCUGGCCAUGCGGACCUGUGCAGCGGAGAGGCCUUUCCUGCCUUACUACUCCACAGCAGAGCAGCACGCAAAAACACCGGCCCAGUCUGCACAACACGGGCCGCAGAGACAAACCGAGCCAUGCACUCAGCACCUGCCAACACACACAUCGCUACCUUCCUCACAACCCCCAGAACCGACACAUUCGUCAGCGCCUGAGCAGCUCCGCCACACGGCUCCUGCUGAACCAGAGCCUGAAUCACCACAGUUCCCGGUUCAGACGGUGCAGCCAGCAGAACCAGCACCGUCCACACAGACUGAUUUGCACAGUCAAACGGUGACGUUGGCCUCGGAAUCGCAAACAGAACCCAGUCAGCCUGAGACGCCCACGCUGACAGAUCCUCCCACGCUGGAGCCGGAGUGACUAGAGUCGGGUGGAUCCGGCACAGACGGGAGCGUCGCCUUAAAGAGCGUAAACCUAGAGGGCUUCUGCUGCUGUUCUGUGAGCUGGCGAGGACCGGGCCUGCAGUGCCCGAGAUCCGCUGCCAGAUUCAGCAGCUGCACCCUCAUUUAAAGUGCCUUCUGCUGACCUGAAACGAUCCCAACAUAAAUCUGCCUCCGCUGACGAGGAGUCAGGCAACCGACGGGGAGUUGUUGGGUAUUUUCUUGUAGCUGGGCUAAGCAAAGAGAAUUUUAAAAAAUUUUAUUACAGCAUGUCCAAAAUAAUGUUUGUCCCAAAAAUAUCUGGGCUCAGCUGUGGGAAACAUGUCCAGGUAAAGUGGAAUGUUUUGGGUAGAGUUCUCGUGCAAUGUUGUGUUUUUCCCAGUGAGCCUGAUCACUGCACAGAUACUGUUUGUAUAUUUUUGUAUAGACGGAUGCAGAAUUUGGAUCAUUGAUGAUAAAUCACCUAUUGUGGCCACUGUGCCUUUUUUUUGUUGUUGUUUUUUUUAAACAUCACUGUGCUGUAUGUGUACAGAUCUUUAAAUCGACUAUGCUAAAUGUGCUUGAUUCCAGUUAAUGCUGCUAGACUGCUUCUCUUUUGUCAAUCGAGACUACGGUGCCGACUCGGUGGGAGUGGACCAUCCCAAAGGGGGUUCAGGGUGGAAGACAGGAGGUAAUUUAAUCAUGUUUAUGUAGUCAAAUGCGAGUUUAGAAGUCAGGCUGCAUAAUAACUUUUCAAACGGUGUCAAAGUGAAGUGAAUGACUUGCACAUUAAAUUCUAUUUUUUUUAUACUAA